GCUGUGCGUUCGUUGUUGCCGCUGCUGCAGGUUGCACUUCUUUUUGCACCACAGAACUGCUGCUUUCGCAAUGGGGGACGUGCAAAGGAACGGUACUGCGACACCUGUUGCAUCUGUCACACGGAUUGAAUCCUUCAGCGCUUCGCAUCGUUUGCACAGCCAAUGCCUUUCAGAUGCUGAAAAUGCUGCCAUUUUUGGAAAAUGCAACAACCUAAAUGGUCAUGGUCACAACUAUAAACUGGAGGUUACAGUCACCGGCCCUGUAGACAGAGACACAGGAAUGGUAAUUAACAUCACAGACCUCAAGAAGUGCAUACAGAGUGAAGUGAUGGAUGUUCUUGAUCACAAGAAUCUGGACAAGGAUGUGCCAUAUUUUGAAAAAGCAGUCAGCACGACAGAAAAUGUAGCAGUGUUUGUGUGGCAGAGGCUGUCGAAGGUACUUCCCAGGAAGCUGCAGCUUCGUGUACGGUUGCACGAGACUGACAAGAACGUAGUUACAUAUGAAGGUCUGUGAAACUGUCGACGCACUUGUGUCGUGCUGCAGACCUAUUUGCUGGCAUGGCUGCCAUGGAUAGAAAUAGUUUCACACCAGAGCAUUGGGAGCAUGAGAACUCCAUAUACCUGCCAUUAUACUUCAGAAUUCUGCUGGUCACAUGUUUGGUCACACAUUUAGCUCAAUAGGCAGUGCUACACCCAAUGUUUCCUGUGGCAGAGGCCAGGAGCAAAAUAAUAAAUUACAAACGAAACAGU